CUUACCAGUGUGUGUGCACAAUAGAAGAUUACAUAAAUGGAUGUUGGGAGAAUAGUUGCCCAAAGUCCGUUACGUGGGACGACCUCUCACCGUCUCAUCGGGAGACACUAUAGACGGGAGAUUUGAUCAAACAGACGGCGUGGCAUUCCGAGUCAUCACGGUAAUGACAGUUUCUCGUGAAAAGCUGCGGAUGUUUUUGGGGUAACUUUUCGCGAGGAUGCGAGAAGGAUCUUCUGCUCUUUAGCACUUUUGAAACAUCUUCCUCGGGACGAUGUCUCUGGUUCAGCUCCUCCCCCGUCGAUGGGCGUGGCGUCUGUGCAGACACUGGUUCCCUCAACUCUUCCUACUGCUUUGUUUCGUCUACCUGACGUUUUAUGCCGUCACACAAUUUGAAUUCGACGCUCCAGUCAAUCUCAACCGGCCUAAAAGCAUCCGGCAAUACGAGGACUUUCCUUGGAUGAAAGACAAUAUUUUGCAGGUCAAAAAACCACCCAGUGCAGCUGAUGACGUCCCCGGUCCCGCGCAGGCGCACAACGAGUCCCUGGCGCAGGAGAAGGGAAAACAAAAUGGCGGACAAGAUUCAAAGGAGGCCUUCAACAAAGAAUUUGAACCCAACGGAUUUAUGGAGCAACAAGAGGCGAUUCAGAUGGAGCGACGCAGCCAUCUUGACCAGGCCUGCAGCAAGCACGCGAAACUGUCGCAAGGAAGCCUCAACAUGGAGACACUCCGCCACAUCUACGUCCACGAAAAACACAAGAUCCUCUACUGUUUUGUGCCGAAGGUCGGAUGCAGCAACUGGAAGAGAGUGUUGAUGGUACUCUCCGGUCUACGUAAAGGAACUGUAGGCAUCUCAUCGAACGAGGCUCACUUCAAGAACGGAAUGAAGAGACUGAGCGCCCUCACGCCAGCCGAGCAGAAAAUCCGACUCAAGACGUACACGAAGUUCAUGUACGCUCGCCAGCCCUUCCUUCGCAUCCUAUCGGCCUACAAGAACAAAUUUGCGGACAUUAAAAUGUACAGGAAGGAGCCGUAUUUCCAGGGUUUUGCCAAGCGUAUUAUGAAGACCUACCGCAAGGGCGCCACCGCGCGGGAACUUCAAACCGGCGAGAACAUCACGUGGCACGAGUGGAUGACGUACUUGACCAACCCGACAGAGAGGGCGGGUUUCGACGAUCACUGGCAGGAGAUCUACAAGAUGUGCUCGCCCUGUAAAGUCAAGUACGACUACUUCGGCAAACUGGAGACCAUAAACGACGACGCUAGAUACAUGCUGACGUCUUUAGAUCUGCAGGACCAGGUGUCGUUCCCCGCCAAAGCGAACAGUCACCCGACCAAUAGUUCUAAAACCUACGAUGAUUAUUUCAGUCAGGUACCAAAAGCAACGCUGAAGAGACUGUGGGAACUCUAUGAGUUAGACUUCGAGCUCUUCGGAUACUCAAAACCUGACUUUUUGUGACCAAACUUCGUAGGUUAAUCAUGAAGAAUGCAGACUUUCAUCUCUAAAAAAACAACAACAUUAUCUCGUUUCAAGUCGUUUGUAGUAAGACGCACUCUGAACUAUCAGAUAACUUAUAUUUUAAAGGUCAUCUAGCGUCGACGGUAAAAGUUCACGCGGGCAAACUACUCAAGGUCGAUCGAGCCGAAAAGUUCGCAACUGACAAGAUCGCAAGGGUAUGACUCAUUCUGCGGGUACGUGCAUUUUUCAGCAUGGUUCAAGGAAAAACUGGUGACAUAAAUCAUUGCAGUGACAUUUGAUAAGUCAUGUGCAAUUUGACUGCAAUUUAAGUUUUGAAACGGCUGAAGUUUCAAGCCUAUUUGCUUUGGAUUUUAGGUAACCACUAAAACUUUAUUGAAAAAAAGUUUUCGAAUAUAAACAGUAAUCAUGUAAAUAACUGAAAACGUGUAGUCCAUGUUUUGUACUUAAGUUAUUACAUGUUCGUAAACUCGUUGCAUGUUUGUAAGAGACACUUGUAGUCAUUACAAAUAUAAUGUUAAACUUAAAGUAGCCCCUUUGAUUUAUGCUUUGUAAAAAGUAUUUAGAUAUUUCACAGCAGAUGUACAUGUACACGUACAUUUUUUUGACAGAAAGAGACACAUUGUGUAUUCUGUUUCUUUACAAAAUAAAACAAUUCAAUCUGUUUUUCAAGUA